AUGAGAAAAUGGACGCCAGCCAGCAGCAACCAAGAAGUGGACCAGCAUCUACGGAUAGUUCAGCUAGUACAGCAUCUCAUGCGAGUCGAGAAUCAACCUAUUACCCCUUUCAUCUACGAGUGCCUCAUGGAUGCCAUGGCUCAUCCUCGAGGCUCCGUUGACGGCGUGCGCCGAAUCCUGGACGACAUGGUCGAGCAGCAGGGGAUGAAGCCAACGGCGGAGUUAUGCAACGCCGCCCUGAGAGCGUUGAUGAAUCACCCAGACUACGUGUUGCGGAUGGAGAUUCGAAACAUUAUGCAAGAGUACUGGUUUCCAACCGACACGCCGGUAAAGCAGACAAUUGCAAUAGGACUGCUGCGAGACGACCAGCACGAGCUGGCGUAUGCAAAGCUAACGGAGAUGAUUGAGCAAGGGGCCAAGGUUGACCCCUGGGUCUACGACAUUUUCAUUUUAGUGUUUGGGAAACUCGGAUUCUUGGAUGAAAUGCUGCAACUUCUCUAUAGACGCAAGAAUCUCGCCGGUAGCACUGACCCCAUGGUCAUCAACCUAACAUACUACGCUUUGGAUGUGUGUAGCCAGGCAUAUCAUCACGCGGGAACUCUCUUUGGCUGGUUAUCAGUGGUGCAAAACCACCUCGUGCAGCCGUCGGAUGGCAUCAUUGAGAACGUGCUAGGGACAGCGGCUAGAAACGCAGACGCGCAGCUUGCCACAGAAGCACUGGAUAUGGUGUCACAGCGAACAAGAGCCCAACCCUACCACUACGAAGCCGUCGUGGAGGCCUUUGCCGGUAGCGGAGACCUGGCGGCAGCGAUACGAACUCUCUCCAUCAUGUCAGAAAACGGGAUAAGGAUCGGACGCGGUUACACUAGGACGCUGCACAAGGCAGUCCGAAGCCGUCCGGAGCUCUUGGAUAACGCCGAGGCAGUGGUGCGGGAGGCAGCCCGUGCCCGUCCUGUGCCUCGCGCGGCCGCAGCUGCGGUGGUCGAAUCAAUCGCAGAAGCACACGGCAGCGCAAAAGCGUUAUCUCUAUACCGAGACCUGCCGACGCUCUGUGACGUGGAGCCGCCUAAUGCAAGGAUGCUACAGAAUCUAAUCAUCCAUAGCGCUGACGAGGCUACGGCUAAGUACUUUGCAAAGGAGUAUGCGGACCAGGUUUCAGAAGAUGACGACCCGACUCAAAGCACGGCGACUUUUAGUACCUUGAUUACGAGGUGCGCAGAGGUUGGUGAGAUGGACUUGGCGUUCCGAUUCGUGAAACAGGCCAUGGCCGGCGGGAUCACGAAGAGCCGAUCAUUGAGAUGGAUCAGCGUCCUGGUCGAGCAGGCGAUUACGAGAGAGGAUGGUCGGGUCUGGCCUGUGGUGGAUUCGCUGCUCAACACGGGCGACGAAGAUACGGCCAAGAGUGUGCGCAGGAUUCUGCAGCAGAAGAGGAUUUCGAAACUAGCCUCGCAGUGGAGGUCCAAAACUCCAACCACGACGCCAUGA